AUGCGAUCUCAACGGACCGCUCUCCGGCCCUUUCUUUCCCUUCUCCUCUCCCGACAAAUCAAUUUUUCUCCCACUCUGAGGCAUUCUACCGGAUUAUUUCGAAAAUGCUGUUGCUGCUACACCACAAAAACUGAGUCCUCCAAUCCUGAGCCUUCCUCCGAACCCUCACACCUCAACCCUUCCCCGGACGACUACUCCCGCUUUAUCUUCCAGGAUAAAUGCCGUUCAAUAAUAUACGCCGGCUCAGGUGGCAAUGGCUGCGUGUCUUUUCUUCGCGAGAAGUAUAUUGAAGAAGGGCCUCCGAAUGGCGGUGACGGCGGCAGCGGCGGAGGUGUCUACAUCCAGGCAGUCGAGGGCCUCACUAGCUUGCAUAAGCUCGCUCGGAGAGGAAUCAUCAAAGCCAGUCGAGGCAAAAACGGACAGGGAAAGAGCAAGGGUGGCAAACGCGGCGAUGAUAUCCUCAUUCAAGUACCUGUGGGGACUGUGGUGCGUGAGGUGGAACGGUUCGACCCUGUUACGGAGGAACUGCGACGUCGUAAAGUAAAGACCACCGAGGUGGAUGAGCUGGACCAGAUUGGCCUGCCGUCAAUGCGCCAUGAUCGCUGGGUUCUCUAUCCUGGGGCCAACCCCUCCGAUUUCCUCACGACGGUCUUCCCCAGGAAUCCCCCGCGGAGGCAGAAUAUCGCGGCGCUGGAGCCAAAAGCCCCAAUCCACCUGGACCUCUCGCACCAUAUGGAUAAACCAAUUCUACUAGCUGCAGGGGGCGUUGGGGGCCUUGGGAAUCCUCACUUCGUCUCUCGUUCGAUCCCGCGGCCUAACUUCGCAGCGCGCGGGGAGGGUGGCAUGCGACUGGAACUAGAGUUGGAAUUGAAACUGCUGGCAGAUGUCGGCUUGGUGGGCAAGCCCAAUGCCGGAAAAAGCACGUUACUUCGCUCCUUGACGAACAGUCGAACGCGAGUUGGAAACUGGGAAUUCACCACACUUUCUCCGAAUAUCGGCACUGUUGUCAUUGACGACUACAAAGGCCGGCCUUUGGUAGAGUCCAAAGGACGAGUCCCACGGACAAACUUCACCAUCGCAGACAUUCCAGGCUUGAUUGAGGGUGCUCACCUGGAUCGUGGCCUGGGUCUAGGGUUUCUGCGACACAUAGAGCGAGCGGGGAUCCUUGCAUUUGUGGUCGACCUUAGUGCGGGUGACCCUAUUGAAGAGCUCCAAAAACUGUGGCUCGAGCUUGGAAAGUACGAGCAGUUACGUGAAAUGGAAUCCUCUACCAACAACGAUAGUGACCGUCUAAUUUGGAAUCCCUCUUCUCAUGGCUUGCCAGAGCUCCAGGUUGAUGAUGAUCCCGAAUCUCCCGACAGCCACUCUCCCUUUUCCAAAGAGGAACUCCCUUCUCUUGCCUUGCCGCCGAUUCAUACAAAGCCUUGGUUUGUCGUGGCUACAAAGGCGGAUCUUCCGGAAACCCGAGAGCAUUAUAAGAAGCUACAGACGUAUCUCAGCGCGGUUGAGCAGGGCCAAGUUGAGCACCCAGGAGGCUAUGAAAAUGGGUGGAAGGAGAAGGUUUACGCCAUUCCUGUGAGCGCCAUCAGAGGCGAGGGAGUUGACCGUAUUCCAAAAGUAGUGAUGGAAUUUUUGAGUUGA